AAAGCGCUAAAAUGAAGUGGUUUAUUGAUUUAACACAUCGUUUCUAUGGGAUUAUUUACGCUAGUGCAGCUACGUAUUUGUAUUUUCAAGUCGUUUUUCCAAAUUUUAUAUAAAUUUCGCGUUUGUGGAGUUGAUGACUGGGUUAACCGCGAGCGCUACGGUGAAGAUAUCAUCAAAAAAAUUGCAGAAACCCAGCAAUAGCAACCAAAGAGACACAAUGUGCGACCGCAAGGCAGUCAUCAAGAACGCUGACAUGAGCGAGGAGAUGCAGCAGGAUGCAGUGGACUGUGCGACGCAGGCACUCGAGAAGUUCAACAUUGAAAAGGACAUAGCCGCAUUCAUCAAGAAGGAGUUUGACAAGAAGUACAACCCGACGUGGCACUGCAUCGUGGGCCGCAACUUCGGCUCGUACGUGACGCACGAGACGCGCCACUUCAUCUACUUCUACCUGGGGCAGGUGGCGAUACUGCUGUUUAAGAGCGGCUAAGCCCCGCCCCCCCCGCCGCCCGCCACCACGCCUCUCACAUUCCCGAGCGCGGGCGGCGCCCCGAGCCGCUGCGCGCCCCGACGUACGCUUGUAUAUACCACUCGCUGUAUUUUUUUAUAUUUAUCUUUAUUUAUUAGUUUGUAACGAUUAUAUCCGGACUGAGUUGGGCACGACGGCGCGCGCGGCCGGCCGGUCCGCUCCCGACGCACUGUAUGUACGUGUUAGCUACUUUUAAGGCCAUUUACGUGGGUAAAAUUAUUCACUUCUAGUGUAUUUAUAUUAAAUAAAUUUUAGUUAAUUCCUAGACUUAUGUGAACCUAGCAUAGUGGAGUCGUAUGUUAGUACUUAUCUAAAUUUAUUGUUUAUUUCUUUGUUGAUAUGUUUCACUGGAGAUAUUUUUCAAUACUUCUAAAAAUUAUUAAACUUUCUUACAAAUCUU